GGGGAAUUGUCGAGCGGAGCGCUGGGCCUGCGAGCGCGGGGGAGGCCGGGUAAAGCCAAUUGAUAUUCAAAAUGGCGGAUGGAGCGUCCAAAGAUGAAAAGCCCGGAAACUAAAGAACUGAGCCGUAUGAACAAUAUCCACAAAGUCUGUUGGGGCAGAAGGGGAUUUUUUGAAUCUAAAAUGAGCAAUCCGUCAGAAGCCAUCAAGCCUUCCUUGGAUGGUAAUGAAGGGAGCACAGGUGUGCAAACAAAUGGACUGGAUUUCCAGCGGCAGCCCAUCACAACAGCAGGGCCAAUUACAACAGCUCAGGCCUUACUUGGACAACUACAGCAGGUUAACUACAUGUCAGAUGUGACGAACAGAUGCUUUUAUGUGCAACUUCCUGGAGCAACUUUGCAAUCAACUGCGUCACAAACAUUAAAUGUACAGGUAAAAAAUGAGGAAUCGGAUUCCUCGUCCCAGCAUACAAUAACUCAGCCAUCACUUCAAUCAUCGUUACAGAACGUCCUACCGCAGACACAGCUCAUGCUUGCUGGAGGCCAGAUCACCGGGUUAACGUUGACAACGGCGCAGCAGCAGUUGUUAAUCCAGCAAGCGCAGGCCCAGCUACUGGCUGCUGCAGUCCAACACUCAGCAAAUCAGCAGCAUAAUGCCGCAGGAGCCACCAUCUCUGCCACGGCAGCAACUCCUAUGGCACAAAUACCCAUCGGUCAACCAAUCCAAAUACAAGAUCUGCAACAGUUGCAGCAGUUGCAGCAACAGAACUUGAAUCUGCAGCAGUUUGUCCUGGUGCAGCCGGGUCACCCAAUCACCACCAACCUGCAACCAACGCAGUUCAUCAUCUCACAAACUCCACAGGGACAGCAAGGUCUCAUACAAACCCAGAACCUUCUACAACAACUACCUCAGCAAAGCCAAGCCAACCUCCUGCAGGCUCAGCCAAACAUCACCUUCAGCACGCAGCCAGCAACACCGACACGCACAACAAUAGCAACGGCUCCUAUCCAGUCGGUUCAGCAGAGCCUGUCGACACCAAAGCGCGUAGAUACUCCGAAUAUAGAGGAACCGAGUGACCUUGAGGAACUUGAACAGUUUGCCAAGACGUUUAAACAGAGACGUAUCAAACUCGGGUUCACUCAGGGUGAUGUAGGACUUGCCAUGGGAAAACUCUAUGGAAAUGAUUUCAGCCAAACUACAAUCUCUCGUUUUGAAGCCUUGAACCUCAGCUUUAAGAACAUGUGCAAGCUCAAACCAUUGCUUGAAAAGUGGUUGAAUGAUGCAGAAAAUUUGUCGGUAGACUCUGCACUGUCAAACCCCAGUUCCCUGGCAUCUCCAGGUCUGGGAAUCGAAGGGCUGAGCCGCAGGAGAAAGAAACGCACCAGCAUAGAGACCAAUGUUCGAGUGGCCUUAGAAAAGAGUUUCCUGGAGAACCAAAAGCCUACCUCGGAGGAGAUCAUGAUGAUUGCCGAACAGCUGCAGAUGGAGAAGGAGGUGAUCAGAGUCUGGUUCUGUAACAGACGCCAGAAAGAGAAGCGGAUAAAUCCUCCCAGCAGUAACAGUGGCACUACCACAACUACCAAAACAAUCUUUCACACCCCCACCUCCAUGGUGGCUAGCACUAGUAACCUUGUGACAAGCAGUACACCGACUACUCUGGCUGUAAAUGCAAUGCAGAUGCCUGUAUCCACUGCUGGUGUGACCAGCUACAGCAUUUCAGGUACAACUGCAUCAGGGACAGCUCCAACAAACGUGGCAUCUGUAAUCACCGGCCUGUCGUCUGCAGUUUCCACGUCAACAGUCGCUUCUCCAGCUCUAACCCCUUCACCAUCAGCGUCUAUUUCCGUGACUGAGUCGUCCAGCAGCGGUGAUACAAACACCACGCAAACAACCUCAACCGGCUUCAUAAAUCCUUUGUGCACAAGCCAAAUCAUGGUGUCAGCAUCUGGACUGCAGACAGCUGGCACUGCGCUACAGGCAGGAAUUGCACAUAUACCCACUGGCGCCGGGCUUGCUACCAACCCAAGCCUGGCAGCCAUGGCUGCUGCUGCAGGACUAACCAAUCCUGGCCUCAUGUCAGCCCCUCAGUUUGCAGCUGGAGGUGCCUUACUAAGUCUGAAUCCAGGGAGUCUUGGUGGUGCUCUUGGUCCAGCAUUAAUGAGUAAUAGCACAUUGGCAACUAUUCAAGCGCUUGCAUCUAGUGGGACACUUCCUAUAACAUCCCUCGAUGCCAGUGGGAAUCUCUUGUUUGCAAAUGCAGCGAGUGCAGGGGGCGCUCACAACAUCAUUACGGGCCCUCUUAUUUUGAACCCACAGAACCUCUCCUUACUCACCAGCAACCCAGCCGUAAGCCUGAUAUCUGCUGCCGGGACAACUGGACAUGCACCCAGUCUUCAGAUGGCCUCAAUGACAGCAGAUUCCAGCCAGAACUCUUCGUUCACUGUGACCUCGGCAGGCGGGGCCACCAACACCACCAAGGCUCAAUGAAACGUAAUCCCCAGACUGGAUUAUUUCAUCCAGUGAUGGGACGUGUAGUCGGCUGCUUCCUGCAAAAGCAAAACUGAUGUUUGCCUCAUUUUUUUAACUUGCUUGUUUUUCAGGAUUGUGUCACCAAUGACAAAAAAAAAGACUUUUACCAAAAAGGAUACACGUGAAUAUUUAUCGUUUCAGACGGUCGUAACAAUAUAGGAGUCAUUAACAAUGCAUAGGCAAGGGUUCUGUCUCCUCUUGGUAUCUAUUUUAUUAGUUCUUUUUAAUUGUGUGUUUAUUUUAAUUAGGUCUGUUGUACAGGCCUCUUUGUUUCAUAAAGGUGUUUAUAUCAUGUAUAAAUAGCAUGGGUUUCUUUACGUGGUACAGUUUAGGCAGGCCUGUUCUUGGGAUGCUUGUGCAUCUUUUUUUCCUUGUGUAUACCGUUAAAAGAAUUACGUUACGUUUUUUUUAUUUGGUUCAGCUAAUGUCUCUUGAAAUGGUUUCCUUUCUUAAAAAAAAAGUUGUUCCUUGUCGGGUACACUGUAGAUUUAUGCACCGUUUGUAUAAAGUGGUUUACUGUUGGUUAUUUUUGUAGGAAAGAUUCAAAGAUAGAUGCAUUGAGACAAAAGUUCAUGAACUGGCAGUUUUAAAAACAUUGAUUGUUUUUAAAAUUCCUUGAGUUUGUCUGCCCUACCUAACUCUAAUGACUGGGCAUGUUAGCUCAUGUCAUAUCGUCGGAGAUAUUGAUCCAUUUGGCUGAAUUGUGAAAGUCAGUGGAUGAGAAGUAUCUUGUAAUGCUUCUGUCUUUGCUCAGAUACUAAAGCUAGUUGGAACCAUCAUGGGAUAUGGUAGAGACGAGCAAACUACAAUCCAAACCAGGCCAGCCAUGAAAAGGAUCUCCAACGGGGAAAGUUCAUGACCUAAUUUCUAGAAAUGGUUUUAUUUAUAGAAACUAGAUAAUAUCUCCCCUGUAGAGCUUGAUAACAUAUCUCAUGUUGCCUCAGUUUGGAGUUUGUUUCACAGUAAUAGGGAAUAGGUUUGCUACGAGACAAGAGGCUUACAGUAUGCACAGUAUGGCUUGAACCAUUGCUGUAAGCGUAUUGAAACCAAAAAUUAAAGGACUGGAGUAAAAUGUUGCCGUUCACAUGGAGCAAAAAUGGUGCCUCUGAUUUCCUGCAGCUCUUGUUAGGAAGAGAGUGAAUAACUAAGUACUGCAGCCUCUCUCUUUUGGCUAAUGAACAAUAAUUUACUCGUUACAUAGCCCACUGGAAAUAACUGUAGGGGAAUAAGUUUCUUCAUUCAAGAAGCAUUUUUUCCCCCUGAAUAACACAUGACUGAUUCUUACAUCGGUAUUAGUUUUGAAUCAAGUGAGUGUUCACGUAGAUUCCCGCUGCACUGUUGAUAUGUUGUUUGCCCAAACCGCUGCACUAACUCGGUGUAAAUUUACUUAAACCAGCUGGGUACUUCAACUAAUUUUGGCAUUUGCAUGGUUAGCACUGUUCUUUAUACUGGUAACAAUAACUGAAUGCAGCUAAACGAGUUUCUUCAUUAUUUUCAAAGAACGAGAGGCACCAUUUCUGUUUCCUGGCAGUAACUACAUUUAUCUCCUUUUCAAGACAUAAAGAUUGCAGUGUCGGUGGUAGUAUGUUACCAAACUGCAAAUUAAAUGAAUAUAGCUGCCUACCAAAUAUGGACAGCUAUUGAAGCUUGAACCAAAGUCAAUUUUACCUAGCUGCUGUACCAAUGACAUUGUUUGCAUGAGUGCAGUUAAUAGGCAUCAGUAAUUUAAUUGCCACUAUUUAACAGGUAGUUACUAUCUUCUUUUUACUGACAUUUUCAGGUAAAGGGAUCUUUAAACACAGACUUUAUGUUGCAGAGUUGUAACCAUUUUGUCAAGAGUUUGGAGCAACCAGUUUUCAUUGGGCAAAUCAAAUUUACUGGAUGGUUAAACAGAGACUAGUGUUGUAUGAUGGAAGUUGCGUUUCAGGACGUGCAAUUUCUAAGAGCGUUAAAAUGUGCAGAAUAGAUCUUGUGAUAAAUGAUACUGGUGUCCUCAAGAUUGUACUAUUGCAAUACUUGUAUCCUCAUUGACCUGCUAUCCUGACUGGAGUUGUAAAUCCAAUAUCGUUGCUGUCCUUAAAGUAGGUUAUAGGCUUUGGACCAGUGGGAAUUGUUUGGAGCACAUACCUAAAUCUGACCUAAUAAUCCUUUCCUCCUUCUAUGGCACAGAUGCCAUUUCUUCCAAUCUCUUUGUGGUUUGCAUGCCCACGAUAUGCAAUUCAUCCAAUAUCUCCAAUAUAUACAACCAAAUGCAAAAACGUACAUCCUGUCUUGUGCCUGGAAAGAGUGAAUGGUACAUCAAAAAUACAAACUAUGCAAUGAACCUUUUUUUUUCAAAGACCGGUCACACUUUUCAUACUUAAAAAUGAAAUAGUGCUUAAUGCCAAAUAGUCCUAUUCCAUAAUAACAUGCCGUGCAGUGGGAAAAUAAAAUUCCCAUCAAUCUGAUGCUGUGUGUUCAGUUACAAGUGAGGUGUGAUGACCUGUACUCCAUAUCAUGAGGCAGCAUAGCUCAAGCCUUGAUUGCGCAUUGGCCAUGUUUAACUUAAAUGGUGCAUAUAGAAAAUAAGUUUGCUGGGCUCGUUUUAACUGCCAGUUUGUGUUGGUAUUAUUCAAGCUAUUUUUGCUAUAUUUUUGGCAGAGGUAUGUUGUUUUAAGUAGACUGAUUAAAAGGACUGAAGGUUUUUGCAGCUUCUGAGUAACUUUUAUUGCACCAUUAAUAGUUGUAAUUUUAAUUGGAAGCUAAGUAAAUCAGUAGGGCACAUAACAAUUAAUUCAUUGAUCCAGUAAAUAGAAGUGUAUACCUUUUAGUUUGACAGAUAAAUAAUUUAAAAUGUCGCUCAUUAAGGUACGAUAAUGCUGACAUUGAUCCUUCCGUUUAAAUAAAUUUACUCCAAGAAAAAUAGCAAAUUUU